UGGUCAGGGAUGAUAGAGCAUUAUUUCGGAGAGAUUGGAAAGUGAAAGUAAAAACCCGUGACAUCUGGGCCUGUAGAAGCAUGUUUUUUUAACAGGCUCUGCCCUCAUUCGGAGCUGCUGCUGGAGACGAACAGAUUCGCAAUAAAAAAAAUUCUCAUUUUGAAGAGCUGGGGGCCAAAGAGGGCAAGAAAGGGAGGCUUCGGUUAUUUUCCUAAAUUCGCUGAGACGGGGUUUUGUUCUGGGUGUUGCCACACUCAGAUAAUCUGUUGAAGACGACACAUCGUGCCAAUGUCACUGUCCGGAUUUAACGCACGCGUUGUUUCCCAGAUUUGUAAAUCAUUUGUGUGGGGCAUGUGUGCUUUUGAUCGUUGCUGCUGCGGGUUAUUCUGAAGAUACUGGAUUGUUGAAUUGACGGGUUUCGGUUGUUACAGGCUAACACGGAGCGAAAAGGGCCUGGUGGUGCUCUGGAACAGUGUGGGCUCUGAGUCGGAGGCCUCCAGCGUGUUUAGACAGGGACCUCAGUUGGACUAUGUGCCGGCCAACAACCUGGCUCCUGGGUGGGCUAUUCGGUUUGAUGUGGGUAAUACCGGUUUUGAUGACACCCACAACAUUGGCCCAGUGCAAGUCGUUGAAGACAUUGGAAACAAAACUCACCGACAGAAGACGUAACUUUAAGCACAAUUUCCCCAUUAAUUACACCAUCAGAGUUCACUAUGAAGAGAUCUUCAAACUCUGCAACAUCAGCAGGCUGAGGGUGAGGGUGGUGGAUCUGGAGGAGGGGGACCUGCAGGAUGUGUGGCUGUUGGUCAACCAGGAGGUGUUGAAGAGAAUCUUGAGGGUCCUGCCAGAGAGACAUCCCUCCUACAAGUACACCUCCGAUCUGGAAGAUCUCUUCAGGAAGAUCCAGCAGGUGUUCCCACCACAGAGUGAUGAGAGAGAGCCCCCAGAGCGAAUAGAGGAGAUCUACAAUAGAGUGAAGGAGCCCAACUCAAAAGAGUGGAGGUUCAUGACCCCCAAAUCCCUGUUGGAUAACUGCUAUAGGACAAUGCACUGUCUCUUCAAAAACUGCUUUCCCAGUGAAGAUGGAGAGCAAGACUAUUGUAGCGCUCUUCACUGGCGGAAGGGCAGAAAGAGACAACUACAGGAAACCUGAGGAGGACGUUAAUUUCCAAACAUUGCAAAUAUACACUGAGUGUAAAAAACAUUAAGUACACCUUCUUAAUAUUUAGUUGCACCCCAUACAUUUUUGCCCUCAGAACAGCCUCAAUUCGUUAGAGCUUGUUGACUCCAAUGCUUCCCACAUUUGUGUCAAGUUGGCUGGAUGUCCUUUGGGUGGUGAACCAUUCUUGAUACACACAAGAAACUGUUGAGCGUGGAAAAACCCAGCAGCGUUGUAGUUCUUGACACAAACCGGUGCACCUGGCACCUACCACCAUACCCUGUUCAAAGGCACUUAAAUAUUUUGUCUUGUCCAUUCACACUCUGAAUGGCACACAUACACACAAUCAAUGUCUCAAUUGUCUCAAGGCUUAAUCAUUCUUUAACCUGUCUCCCCCCCUUCAUUUACACUAAUUGAAGUGGGUUUAGCUAACACGUGACAUCGAUAAGGGAUCAUAGCUUUCACCUGGAUUCACCUGUUCAGUCUGUCAUGGAAAGAGCAGGUGUUCAUAAUGUUUUGUACACUCAGUGUAUGUCCAAUGUUGCAGUUGAGCUGUAUGUCAUACCCCUCUCCCGUGUGAAGUUCUGAUGUUGUUGCACCAACAAUAUGCCCUGAAAACUAUUACCAACGGUAUGCAACCCAAACUUCAUCUGUUGCUAUGGAUGCCACAGUAAAUACAUUCCCUGUGGACUUUGCAGCUUUAUCCACACACUGUUAUUGUCACAGCUUGCCUACAGUUUUGUUUACUUAUCAUUCUUUGCCUCCUAUGUUGUAUAGUACUUUGAAAGAGAUAUUUUAUAGUUUUCAUAUGUGUACUUAUAAUAUAUUUUCUGCUGAUGUUUAUGUUCUGUGUUUUGACAGUUGUAUGGUAUAGCGCAGGUGGCUAUGCUCAAGCAGAGAGCUACAGAGUAUGGCAUUUCUAUACUUUUUUUGCAAUCUGGGAACACUUGUUGGUGACAGGUAUUAGCAACUGUUGCCAAUAUAUUCAAAAAUAAUAACAGAACACAAUUAUAGCUACUUUCAGGACUGUUGUCGUUUUCUUUUGCUCAGUUUUAAAAAGAGCAUGGCGCUUGCUAUGUCAGGAUAGUGGGUUUGAUUCCCAGGACCACCCAUACUUAAAAUGUAUGCACACAUGACUGUAAGUCACUUUGGAUAAAAACGUCCGCUAAAUGGCAUAUACUGAACAAAAAUAUAAACGCAACAUGCAACAUGGAAUAACUGGGUCAUUUUCAGCUUCCAGGAAUUGUGUACAGAUCCUUGCGACAUGGGGCAGUGCAUUAUCAUGCUGAAACAUGAGAUGAUGGCGGCGGGUGAAUAGCACGACAAUGGGCCUCAGGGUCUCGUCACGGGAUCUCUGUGCAUUCAAAUUGCCAUAGAUAAAAUGCAAUUCUGUUCAUUGUCCAUAUUUAUGCCUGCCCAUCCCAUUAUCCCACCGCCACCAUGGGGCACUCUGUUCACAACUUUGACAUCAGCAAACCGCUCGCCCACACAACCCCAUACACGUGGUCUGCGGUUGUGAGGCCAGUUGGACAUACUGCCAAAUUCUCUAAAAUGACGUUGGAGGUGGCUUAUGGUAGAGAAAUUAACAUUAAAUUCUCUGGCCACAGCUCUGGUGCACAUUCCUGCAGUCAGUAUGUCAAUUGCACACUCACCUUUUAUUGUCCCCACCACAAGGUGCACCUGUGUAAUGACCAUGCUGUUUAAUCAGCUUCUUGAUAUGCCACACCUGUCAGGUGGAUGGACUUUCAGGGAAAAGGAGAAAUGCUCACUAACAGGGAUGUAAAUACAUUUGCGCACAAAAUCUGAGAGAAAUAAGCUUUUUGUGCGUAUGGAAAAUGUAUGGGAUCUUUUAAUUCAGCUCGUGAAACAUGGGACCAACACUUUACAUGUUGAGUUAAUAUUAUAGUGAAUGUGUUUGACAUUUUAAGCAAUUAUGAUAUUUCUUUGUUCUAUGUUUUUAUAAUUGAUUUAAGAUAUUUUGCUGACUUGAGGCUUUGUCAGUGAAUUCCAACAAUGUCCAGCCACUCAUGGUUUUUUCACUGUUUAUUGAUGCUGAAAUAAAGCUAUUUGUGCAAUCUAUUCACAGGUUCAACAUGUUGAGAGUUAGGACAUGCUGCAUUUCUUGUAUGGUUACAUUAAAAUACAGAGUUUUUAUAUACACAA